AGCUGCAUACGUUUUUUAGCUAGCUGGCAAAAGCACAAGCGCUACUUCGGGAGAAAAGUUUCGUUGAAGCCAGGACCCUCUCCUCUCGCUGCUGGUGAAGGGCUGCCCUGGGGCUGGCCGACGCUGGUACAGUGGCUGCAAUGACCGCCGCCAGUCCGCCAGGCGGCAGGCCGGCCCCUGAUGCCGUGUGCCCUGCCAUUCCUGUGGUGGUGCUCGGGCUGGGGGGCGUGGGCCGCACCUUGCUGCAGCACAUUCUGCGCACCAGGGAGUCGCUCGCCCAGGGUGGCCUCCGCGUGGUGGUGCACGCUGUCGUCGAUUCACAGCACAUCCUGACCGACUGGUCACCUGGCGGCAUUGCUGACCCGGAACUGAGGGCUAUCGUGGAAGCGAAGGCUGCGAGGCGGCCGCUCUCAUCGCUGUCGUCAUCUGAAACAAAUAAGCGACUCACUUCCCACGCACAUGGGGGUUCAUUCGAGAGCCUCCUUCCCCCCGCCGGCGGUGCUUCCCGCGUCUACGUGGACUGCACCAGCACCGCCGACCUGGGCUGCACCCUGGUCCAGGCGCUGCCCCGCCUGGCCGGCCUCGUGCUGGCCAACAAGAAGCCGCUCACCGACUCGCUGGCUGUGUACGACGCGGUGCUGCGCGCAGGGCGGCGAGUCCGCUACGAGGCGACCUGCGGUGCGGGGCUGCCGGUGCUGGGGACGCUGGACCGCAUGCUGGGGGCAGGGGACGAGAUCCAGCGCAUCGCGGGGGCACUCAGCGGCACGCUGGGGUAUGUCAUGGCGGGGCUGGAGGAGGGGCGGCCGCUGAGCGAGGUGGUGCGCGCGGCCAAGGCGGCCGGCUACACCGAACCAGACCCCCGUGACGACCUGGCCGGGACGGACGUCGCCAGGAAGGCCCUGAUCCUGGCGCGCAAGCUGGGCUGGCGCCUGGAGCUGGCGGACGUGGCGGUGGAGAGCCUGGUCCCCCCUCACCUGGCCCCCGCGGCCAUGCCCCUGCCGCUCUUCCUGGAGGCUGGCCUGCCCACCCUGGAUGACGCCAUGGCGCAGCGCUGUGCCGCAGCGCGCCGAGACGGCAACGUGCUGCGCUACGCGGCCACCAUCGAGGGCGGCAGCUGUCGGGUGGGCCUGCUGGCGGUGGCUCCGGACAGUCCCCUCGGGCGCCUCAAGGGCUCCGACAACCUGGUGGCCAUCAGCAGCCGGUGUUACGCGAGCAGCCCGCUGGUGAUCCAAGGGGCGGGCGCGGGCAACGACACCACUGCGGCCGGCGUCCUGGCGGACAUCCUGGACAUGCAGGACAGGUGGGCGGGAGCAGCGUCGGGGCAAUGAGGCACGCAGUGGGGCAGCGUCGGUGCAGACUCUUAACGAAAGACCUGCUUAAAAACGCAUCACCAACGCGCUGAUCAAGCUCAAGGCCAGUUCGGACUGAUGCUCCGGUGAAGAGGUAAUUCUCAGCAUAAUCCUGCGUCCAUGGACUUGGACACUCACAUGAUUUUGAAAAACAUGUUCACGACGUACUGUCCGACAAAGUACCUCUCGAGUCGAAAUAACAUGACCCGUUUGAUGCGUUCCAAUCCUAUUCACUACAAAUCAACAAUAACAUGG